AUGAAACUCCACAUUAAAGAACAAUUGCGUAAUAUUGGAUAUCCCGAAACAACCGACAUGAAACCGCCGUCUCAACCGGUUAAGACAAAGGGUGGUCCCAAGAAAUUGAAGCCUACAUUGAAUGACAACUCGACUACACGGUCUCUUUCUUAUUGUGAGCAUGUCGAUAAACUUUUUCCCGACUCACCGACUCCUAUAUCUCAAAAAUCUCAAAAAAGUUCAAUCAAAGGAGCUCGCAUAAGCAAACUUCCUCCGACAUCUAUUCCACUCAAAAUUCCAAUUAUUGGAGAGAUGUCUACUCCAUCGAACAUUCCAUUCAUCGAAGAGAUGUCGGUUUUUAUGCACUCUUACGUCGAGCGGAUCGUAGAUUUUGCGGGGGACGGUAAUUGCGGCUACCGAGUCGUCUCGGCGUUGCAUGGUAAUGGAAAGGGUAGCCAUACGAAACAUUUUUCCCACUCCGCACCGCCUUCAAAUUCAAAUGCUCACAUCAUGUGUAUUGGAUGGCCUUCAAAAGCGAAUCACUUUGUGCAAGUUUACUUGAAACCGGGAUUCCCCCUACCAUCUACGUCACUGGAAUGGGAUCUUCAUCAUACCGAAGAUUCCGAGAUGUGGUCGAAUCUUUUUGUUGAUAGGAUGCAUGAAUUCGAAAGAUUGAACAACAACGAGAAGGAAGCGAAUAAGGAAAAGUCAAAAUUGGAACCACUAAUAGAUUUAGCCGGCGAUAGUUAUUUUGAUGUAUGCACUCCUUAA